UCUUGCGACGAUAAAUAAGAAUCUAAUUUUUAAAAAAGUAACGAAUUCGUAAUUGACAGGUCUCAUUCAAAUUGUUCAAUCGCUACACUGCACAUUUCUAGUUAAUUAAACGUAUUCAGUAAUUGGUCGAAGCAAAUUUUUGUGAUGGAGAAAGAAGUCGCUAAAGCCGGAAGUUCUUCCAAUUUUUCCAAAGCCAAAAUGGCUCCAUUUAUGCAUCAUUCUGGAAAAGGAGCAAAGCUGAAACGUCCGGAGAAUAUGGAAAUUAGAGAACCGGAGAAGAAGAAACGUAAACGAGAAAGAAAGGAAAGUUAUAACAUAUACAUUUAUAAGGUACUGAAACAGGUUCAUCCGGAUACCGGAAUAUCUGGCAAAGCCAUGUCUAUAAUGAACAGUUUCGUCAGCGACGUGUUCGAAAGAAUCGUUUUGGAAUCCACCCGUUUGGCCGCUUACAAUAAGAAAUCCACCAUCACCAGUCGAGAAAUUCAGACAGCCGUUAGAUUAUUGUUGCCGGGAGAAUUGGCUAAACAUGCCGUUUCCGAAGGAAUGAAAGCGGUUACCAAGUUUUCUACAUUCAAGUAGAAAAAUGACGAGUGUAUUCGUCUUUCAUUUCGUUUUUCGUUAAGAUUAUUUGAAAUGCAUAUUUUCUGCAAUGUUCUAUAAUUCUAGAAUAUUAGAAUUUUAAUAGUAAAGUUGCUAUCCUUGACAUAAAAGUUUUGAAUUUUCAUUUAAAAUGACAAAAUUGAUAUAUGUAUAAGCUUUGUUUAGAGUACUAGAGAGUUUCUGUAAUUUACAAAU